CCGCGGAUAUUCAUGAAGACGCCAAGUGUUUUCUCUCUCUCUCUCUCUCUCUCUCUCUCUUUCUCUCUCUCCUCUCGCCAUGGUGACACACUGUGAGUCUGCAGAGAGACAGAGGGAGGAAGAUGGAGACAAGUGAAAAGAAAGACGAGGCCCAGCCCAUCUUCCCAUUGAUCUUGAGGCGACCAAGGGAAUCUUCAUAGGAGAGGAGACACUGAGACCACAUCAAAGAUGGAUCCAGGGAAAUCAAACCCGAAGUUCUGACCUCUGGAUUUCUCAGAAGAGACGAGCGUGUUUAACUCUUCUCCCUCAGCAGAGUUUGGAUCCGUGUGACCGGUCGGACGGAUGGAAACCUGAUCUGAGACAAUAGAGACCUGGCAUAGAUUCUUUUUUUGGAUUCUCAAUCAUUGUGUAAACUGGAUUCAUGUUGGAUCAGGUUUACAUUUGGGGAAACGUCCAGCGAACAAAACUCCAGGUUGGAUAAUUAUUCCAGAAAACAUGGGGAAAUGUUUUCUUCAGCAGCGACAUCGUGAACUCUGACCAGGAUAUCUCGUUGGCUUGUGUACCCAGAGGAGGACGACAUGGAGACGCACAGAAACUUGUAGCUUACGCUUAAAAUGGAGUGAGAACUUUUUUAAUUCUUCCACAUUUGGUUUUGGGGGAAAAAAACAACAAAUCAGAGCAAAGGACAUAAACCUCACACGAGACCUGGACCCUCUGUGGGGCGAAUACAUGCACCUUCACUUUGCAGCAGGAGGACAUCGGGUUUCAGCCGACUGAGGAGCGGACGGAGCGCGAGCGAGGCGGUCGGCUGGCUUCGAGUCAGCUCCAAUGGGGGCCGGUUGUGACCCGGUCUGACCCCGGUUUGACCUUGCAGUGACCUCUGACCUCUCCGGUCCUGGCUCUCCACCUGCUCUGCUGCCUGGGUUCGGGAACGCUCCGCCCUGGGGCCCAGAACGAGCCAAUCAGAAUGAAGAAGAGCCGCAGCGUGCUGUCGGUGACUGGAGAAGAGGGUAAUGACACUGAUGUAACAGGUGCUGGGGAGAAGGCGGAGUCAUCGCGCUACAGCAGAUCUUAUACAUCUGGGGCCACUCUUGGGGCCGAGCUACGCAGAGGGCGGAGCAGGAGACUCUCAUCAAGUCUCCAGGUGCCCUGCUGGCUCCGGCCACGAGAUCGCACCCGUUCACCAGAGGUCCUGAGCAACGUGUCCCGUCCCACAACCCUCCCCCUCCGAAUCCCUCCACGCAUCUCCAUCACACAUGCAGACGCCGACAGCUACGAGGCAGAAAAUGGCGUGUCACCGGGUCACAGCCCUCUGGGCUCGCACAGUCCAGGCCUCACCCUGCACACCUCCUUCCCCCAGGGUCAGAGAAGAGAGUCCUUCCUCUACCGCUCUGACUCGGACUACGACAUGUCACCCAAGACGGUCUCUCGGAACUCCUCCCUCGCCAGUGAAGGGCACACAGCAGAGGACUUCAUUGUCACACCUUUCGCUCAGGUUCUGGCCAGUCUUCGAUCAGUACGGAGCAACUUCACCAUCCUCGCCAACGUCUCCACGCCAACAAUCAAGAGGUCCCCUCUGGGUGGAGUGUGCGUCAGUCCCAGGGCGACACUAUCAGACCAGCAGUACCAGCAGCUCGCCCUGGACACUCUGGAGGAACUGGACUGGUGCCUGGACCAGCUGGAGACCAUUCAGACUCACCGCUCCGUCAGUGAAAUGGCCUCCAACAAGUUUAAGAGGAUGCUGAACAGAGAGCUGUCCCAUCUGUCAGAGAUGAGUCGCUCUGGUAACCAGGUGUCUGAAUACAUCUCCAGCACCUUCCUGGGUGAGUGGGACCAGGAUCUGAUCCCC